GCACCAGCUUUUAUCAUUGCUCCACGUCAACUCGACCUAUUACUACUAAGAUAGCGCGCGAAGUGGAAGCAUUGCAAUCCAAACAUCCUUCCUGAUCUACACAUACACACACAGAGCGAGAUGGAUCCAGAGAGCAUAAAAGAUGACCUGAAGCUCUAUCAGAGCACACUGCUUCAAGAUGGCCUGAAGGACCUCCUGAAGGAGAACAAGUUUAUUGACUGCGUCUUGAAAGUAGGGGACAGAAGUCUGCCAUGUCACAAACUCAUCAUGGCAGCAUGUAGCCCUUAUUUUAGAGAGAUUUACUUCUCUGAAGACGGCACAGAGAAGAGCAGCCCAGACAAGGAGGUGGUGCUGCAAAAUGUAGAUCCAGCCAUUAUGGACAUGAUUGUGAAUUAUCUCUAUUCCGCAGAAAUAGAUAUUACAGAUGACAACGUGCAGGAUGUUCUCGCAGUAGCGAACCAUUUACAGAUACCGUCUGUGUUCACGGUGUGUGUGAACUACCUUCAGAAGAAUCUCUCUCUAGGAAACUGUCUGGCAAUCUUCCGACUUGGGCUUCUGAUGAAUUGUCCAAGGCUGGCAAUGGCAGCAAGAGACUACAUCCUGGAAAGAUUUGAGAUUCUAUACAAGGAGCAAGAUUUUCUCGAGUUAAACCCUCCUGAACUAUUCGCCAUCAUAGGAAGUGAUGCUCUCGUUGUGGAGAAAGAGGAACUGGUUUUUGAGUUGCUAAUGAAGUGGAUCAGGAAGGAUAAAGAGACCCGCGUGAAGCAGUUAGGCGAUGCCUUUGAACACAUUCGUUUCCGACUGCUCCCGGAAAAGUAUUUCAAGGAAAAGGUGGAAAAGGAUGAGAUUAUCAAAGCUGAUCCUGAACUUGUGAAGAAACUUAAGAUCAUAAAAGAUGCCUUUGCUGGAAAACUUCCAGGAACGGUAGAAGGGAAAGGGAAAGAGAAUGAAGGGAGCGCAAUGCCUGGAUAUCUGAAUGACACCAAAAGGCUUGGCAUGUACGGAAAGGAUCUUAUCCUGAUGAUUAGCGACAUGGCAGCUGUGGCUUAUGACCCUGUUGAGAAUGAAUGCUCACUGGCAGCAAUAUCCGAGCAGAUACCUAGGAACCAUGUCAGCAUCAUUACCAAGAGGAAUCAACUUUAUGUUGUAGGUGGACUGUUUGUGGAUGAGGAAAAUAAAGACUCACAAUUGCAGUGCUACUGUUUUCAGCUGGAUCCUAUUAGUGCAGAUUGGAUUGCUAUGCCUCCAAUGCCUUCUCCCAGAUGUCUCUUUGGUCUGGGAGAAUUUGAGAACAUCAUAUUUGCUGUUGCUGGCAAAGAUUUACAGACCAAUGAGUCUCUUGACUCAGUAAUGUGUUAUGACACUAACAAGAUGAAAUGGACCGAGACGAAAAAGCUUCCCCUGAGCCUACAUGGGCACAGUGUGAUCUCACAAAAUGGUCUGGUUUACUGUAUAGGAGGAAAGACAGAUGACAAGAAAACCAUUAACAAGAUGUUUGCAUAUGACCACAAGAAGUCUGAAUGGAAAGAGCUAGCUGCAAUGAAAACACCACGGUCUAUGUUUGGGGCAGCUGUCCAUAAAGGAAAGAUCAUUGUGGUUGGAGGAGUCAAUGAGGACAGUCUCUUAGCAUCGUGUGAGUCCUAUGAUUUUGGAACCAACAAGUGGGAAUCCUUCCCUGAGUUUGCACAGGAGAGGAGCUCAGUAAAUGUCGUCAGUGUUGAUGGAGAGCUUUAUGCAAUCGGGGGAUUUACCAUGGUAGGGCAAGAUAAAGAGUGUGUUCCAUCAGAGAUCACAGACAUCUGGCAGUAUGAAGAGGACAAGAAGCAGUGGGCUGGAAUUUUAAGAGAGAUGCGUUAUGCAGCUGGUGCUUCCUGCGUUUCCAUGCGACUAAAUACUGUAAAAAUGCCCAAACUAUAAAAAACAACAACAACAACAAAAAAACAAAUCUCUGUCAAGGGACAAUUUGUUUUUAGCCUAACUUGAUAAUUCCAGUUACAUGAAGAUAUAAUUUAGUAGUGCAUGAGCAUGAAACAGACACCACUUUUAGAGUUUUGGAUGAUUUCACAAGGAUGCUAAAUAUAUUCAUGUACACUAACUUUUUUCAAAAAAAUUAAAAACUUUUAUCUCAAA